CGGGGGCCUCGAAGGGUCCUUCGCCUGGGCUCCCGAUGCAUUGCCUGAGCGGGCGCGCGGGCGGCUUCCGGUGUGGGUGACGAGUGGUGGCCGAAGCAGGGGGACAGCAAGGGACGCUCAGGCGGGGACCAUGGCGGACGGCGGGUCGGAGCGGGCUGACGGACGCAUCGUCAAGAUGGAGGUGGACUACAGCGCCACGGUGGAUCAGCGCCUACCCGAGUGUGCAAAGCUAGCCAAGGAAGGAAGACUUCAAGAAGUCAUUGAAACCCUUCUUUCUUUGGAAAAGCAGACUCGUACUGCUUCCGAUAUGGUAUCUACAUCCCGUAUCUUAGUUGCAGUAGUGAAGAUGUGCUAUGAGGCUAAAGAAUGGGAUUUACUUAAUGAAAAUAUUAUGCUUUUAUCCAAAAGACGGAGUCAGUUAAAACAAGCUGUUGCUAAAAUGGUUCAACAGUGCUGUACUUACGUUGAGGAAAUCACAGACCUUCCUAUCAAACUUCGAUUAAUUGAUACUCUACGAAUGGUUACCGAAGGCAAGAUUUAUGUUGAAAUUGAGCGUGCUCGACUGACUAAAACAUUAGCAACUAUAAAAGAACAAAACGGUGAUGUGAAAGAGGCAGCCUCCAUCUUGCAGGAGCUACAGGUGGAAACCUACGGGUCAAUGGAAAAGAAAGAGCGAGUGGAAUUUAUUUUGGAGCAGAUGAGGCUCUGCCUAGCUGUGAAGGAUUACAUUCGAACACAAAUCAUCAGCAAGAAAAUUAACACCAAAUUUUUCCAGGAAGAAAAUACAGAGAAAUUAAAGUUGAAGUACUAUAAUUUAAUGAUUCAGCUGGAUCAACAUGAGGGAUCCUAUUUGUCUAUUUGUAAGCACUACAGAGCAAUAUAUGAUACUCCCUGUAUACAGGCAGAAAGUGAAAAAUGGCAGCAGGCUCUGAAGAGUGUUGUACUCUAUGUUAUCCUGGCUCCUUUUGACAACGAACAGUCCGAUUUGGUUCACCGAAUAAGUGGUGACAAGAAGUUAGAAGAAAUUCCCAAAUACAAGGAUCUUUUAAAGCUUUUUACCACAAUGGAGUUGAUGCGUUGGUCCACACUUGUUGAGGACUAUGGAAUGGAAUUAAGGAAAGGUUCCCCUGAGAGUCCUGCAACUGAUGUUUUUGGUUCUACAGAGGAAGGCGAAAAAAGGUGGAAAGACUUGAAGAACAGAGUUGUUGAACAUAAUAUUAGAAUAAUGGCUAAGUAUUAUACUCGGAUAACAAUGAAAAGAAUGGCACAGCUUCUGGAUCUAUCUGUUGAUGAGUCUGAAGCCUUUCUCUCAAAUCUAGUAGUUAACAAGACCAUCUUUGCUAAAGUAGACAGAUUAGCAGGAAUUAUCAACUUCCAGAGACCCAAGGAUCCAAAUAAUUUAUUAAAUGACUGGUCUCAGAAACUGAACUCAUUAAUGUCUCUGGUUAACAAAACUACACAUCUCAUAGCCAAAGAGGAGAUGAUACAUAAUCUACAAUAAAGGUCUUAAUGCUUUUAGAAAACAGUUAAAAUUGGAAGUAAUUAAAAAGAAAAAAAGACUGUUAUAAUGGUGUAUAUGUUGGGUUUUUUUCUAAGCUUCUUUGUCUUAAAUUUUAAAAUAGUGAGUAUGUUUGAGACUCCCUUUGUCCUUUCAGUUCCCUGAGUUCAUUUUUAACUUUGCAUUUGCAAUUGGUGCAAAAAUACACAUUUCUGUCGUCUGAAUACACAAAAAUUGUGUAAUAAUUUACCCAGAUAUGUUUUUCUAUUUGAAACCUUUUUAGCUACUGUUUGUUUUCAUUCAACUAACAAACAUAUUACAAUAAAAAGCAGUAUAUACACAUUUCCUUUCUACAGUUACCUCUGAUUCCAAACAUUUUAUGGGGUGAUUUGACAAGUGUUUUUUAAAUAAAAUAAAUUUCGUUGUCAAGCUAUCAAUCAUUUAGUAGAAUAGAAAAGCAACAUAGAGCACACAAGAACAUUCGGGAUAGAGUUGUGUUUUGUGAAGAAUUUGUGUUUUGAUCCUGUGGCUGAAAGUCUAGACUGAGUGUGUAUGCAGCAAUCUGGUAAGCUGUAGAGGUUGUUUUUUUGAGUCAGACUGCUUCCAAUCACAGUAGAUUGAUUGCUUUCAGCCCUCAUCCUCUGGCAGUCCUGUCAAUAGGGAUAGUGACUGCUUUUUUUUUUUUCUCCCUUUCCCCCUUUCUUUGUAUUUUGCAUGGGUUUCAAUUUAACAUAAAGUUGUUUUUAUAAGGCUUAUUUGAGGCUUUAACUUUUAAGUCUAAGUACAUCAUUAUUGUUCCACAUUUAUUAUUUUUGUAGGAACUUUAGUUCCAUUUUAUGAACACUGGAUAAUCUAAUGCUUUAAAAAAUGGCAAAAAGAAAGACUUCAGGCCUCCCUCAUAGUAACUGGUAUAGCAUUAAAUAUUUUCAGAGAAUUAAAAGUAGCUUACUGUCAAAGAAACAAUCUGAGAUCAAUUGGUACAAACAUUUUGCAAGUGUUUUUUAAAUUUGAUUUAUUUUGGAGAAAAUAAAAAAACAGAAGGUUAUUUAAAAUGAUGCUUAAAUGAAGAAAGUGUGAAGUCUACUUUAAAAAAAUUCAAAUGAAGAGAAGAGAAACCUAAACAUUCUAGAAAUGGUAUUUCUCCUAAUUAAUUUUCCACUUAAUGGAAAAUUAUCAAUUGUCCUGUUUCAUGAUCACAGGACUGAAGACAAUUGUGGGAUAUCUGUCAUGUUUAUGCUGUGAGUCAUUGCAAAUAAUGACAUAGUACUAAAGUAAUCUAAUUUUUUUCUUUGGAAGUUCAAUGCAUUGGUCACAUUAAUAACAUCAACAUCUGCUAUCACUUAUCUUUUAAAAACUAACCAAAAAAGACCAGGUGAGAUGGCUCACACCUGUAAUCCCAGCGCUUUGGGAGCCCGAGGUGGCCGGAUCACCUGAGGUCAGGAUUUUGAGACCAGCCUGGCCAACAUGGUAAAACCUACUAAAAAAAAAAUUUAAAAGUAAGCCAAGCGUGGUGGUGCUCACCUAUAGUCCCAGCUACUUGGGAGGCUGAGGCAGGACACUUGCUUGAACCUGGGAGGUGGAGGUUGCAGUGAGCCAAAAUCAUGCCAUUGCACUCCACCCUGGGUGACACAGGGAGACUCUGUCUCCAAAAAAAAAAACAAGUUUAGAAACAGAAGUUCACACUAACAGAGAAUGGUUUUACUUUUCCUUUGAAUGAAAAGGCUAGAAGAUGAAAUUAUGUAUUGUUAAUUUGUAAACAAAAUUGAAGCUAAUUUGAAACUAGCUUCCCAUUAACUUCCAUCUUUCUAGGGACUCAUUACCUUUGGGCUUGUCAAACCUGGACUAUUUGGACAAAUACAUUGCUAGAGAUUGCAAAUAUUCCUCCUGUUUUAUUUAUUUAUUUAUUUUUUGAGACAGUUUCACUCUUGUUGCCUCGGCUGGAGUGCAGUGGUGUAUCUCAGCUCACUGCAACCUCUGCCUCCUAUGUUCAAGCGAUUCUCCUGCCUCAGCCUCCCAAGUAGCUGGGGUUACAGGCACGUGCCACCAUGCCUAGCUGAUUUUUGCGUUUGUAGAGACGGGGUUUCAUUAUGUUGGCCAGGCUGGUCUCGAACUCCUAACCUCCUUAGGUGAUCUACCCACCUUGGCUUCCCAAAGUGCUAGGAUUAUAGGCGUCAGCCACUGCACCCAGCCUGUCUUUGGUCUUAAUUUAACACACCCUCACACUAGACUCUUUGUGUAUGAUUCAGUGCCAUUUGUAACAGUCCCAGUGACCAAAUCGCAAUCAACUCCAUCAGCUGUUCAUCCAUUUCUUGUUUUUUCCUGUCAAACUAAUCAAGCAAACUUAUGAGGUAUUUACCAAUUUAUUUUCUAAGUAUUACAAAAUAAUUCAUUAGCAUAAAGUACAAUAGUAAAAUAUCUGAGUUGUGCGGAAACUCAAUUAAUCCUGUUUUACAUUUCAGACCUAAAGCUGGCAAUCAUGAAAAGAAGCACUUUGUUUUAAAUAUGGAGAAGAUAACACUUGACUCAAUUUCAUUGUCAUUAGUGUAUUAACCAGCAGGAGAGGUGAUGAGCCAUUUUUUAAAAAACAAAAUCUUUUCUUUCCAUAUUUUUUUAUUUUAGAGUUCAAUAGCUGUUUCUAUAAUUAUCCUCAAUUUUCUGUCAUAUGUUACCGAAUCUGAAAAGCUUAUCUUUAAAAUUCAUACAGUUCCAUUCUAUCUCUUGUAAGUGUUAAAUGUAUGAUAAAAGUACAUAUUUUAAAUUGUUUUCAGCUCUUGGAUAUAGCAGCAAUAAAAACACUAAUUUGUGGGUAUUUAAGAAAACCUGGAGAAUAAACUCAUACUUUAAAAGAUCA